AUGCUGCUUCACGUCGGAACGAAGCAGAUGGCGGCGUUGGAGGUCUGCAGGGCAGCGCUGUGGAGAGGGAAGAAUGAACAGGCACUCACUACUCUCAACGACUGCUUGGAGCUGAAACCAACAGGGACGGAAAGGGGCAUCCGGCGCCCCUCUUGGGCUUUUUUCCCUGAUCCCAACUUCUCUUGUCCCGCCAUAUCAAAGCCGCGUGUACAUCAUCAGACGAUGGCUCGUCAUGCUACCCUGGCUCAGGUAGCUUCGCAAACAGCACCGAAACAUCGAGGUGUUUCUAUGGCGCCGGUGAUUGUGCAGCGUGUGCAAGAGGGCUCUCGAGAAUUGACUGAACCCCUGUUUGAUCGUUUGGAGCCCCUCUUCCAUAACCGAUUCGAUUCUCCGAUCAAGAGCCCAUAG